UAACACUGAGAGCAGCCAACAGACCGUUCAAACUGGUGUGUGUGUGUUCCGGGGUUUUGUGCAGGACUUUGGCUGGAGCUAUGGAGCCCAACCAGCCUCCAAAGACACGACUGUACGACGUGGUUUCCUUGGACCCAAAAGACGAGCUAGAGGAGAAGCUAGAACGUUGCCAUGAGACCUACACAGCACUGGUGGCAGGACUGUCUGAUAGAGAAGCUCACGAUGCCCUGAAUGCCAUGGUGUGCAAAGGUAUGCAGGAGCAUGAGGAGAUCACAAUGGGUCUACUGUACAGCAUCCUGGUGGAGCCAACAAGUGCUCAGAAGCGCCUGAGCGACCUGACACUGAUCUCGCGUGACGGCCUGGGACUGGUCCUGGUCAAACUGAACCAGCUGGUGACCAACCACUUCUCCAAACUACUGGAGUCUGUCAGGACACAGGUCCUGUGGUUGACCCGAGAACUGAUCAAGACUUCUGUAGCAGGAACAGACGGCCUCUGCCUGUCACUUCUCAAACAGAUCAUAGGAGGAGACGUCUCUCAGAAGAACGUGUGGCUGGCAGAGUCUGUGCUGGACGUCCUCGCUGAUAACAGACCGUGGCUGGACAAACACCCCGUGUUGGUGUCCAUCUCUGUCUACACGUACCUACGACUAGUGGAGGACCAUGGAGCUCAGGCCUUAGCUACGCUCAGGCAGAAGGAAGUGGACUUUUGUGUGGCACUACUCAGAGAAAGGUGGACAGACUGCUCUGUGAUUGGUCGGGACCUGAUCCGGCUCCUGCAGCACGUUGCCCGUAUCCCGGAGUUCGAGCGUCUGUGGAGAGACAUGAUCACAAACCCACAGACACUCAGCCACCAGUUCACAGGACUGUCUCAGCUGAUGACGUUACGAACAUCGCGUAAGUUCCUGGCCUGCCGACUGACUCCAGAGAUGGAGAACAAACUACUUUUCCUCACCUCUAAGGUUCGAUUUGGUCAACAACAGAGAUACCAAGACUGGUUUCAGAGACAGUACUUGAGUACUCCAGAGAGCCAGUCCCUGCGCUGUGACCUGAUUCGCUACAUCUGCGGCGUCAUCCAUCCCUCCAACGAGAUCCUGUGUUCCGACAUCGUCCCGCGCUGGGCUCUCAUUGGCUGGCUGCUCAUGUCCUGCAAGUCCAAUGUUGCAGCGUCCAACGCCAAACUGUCGCUGUUCUACGAUUGGUUGUUCUACCAGCCUGACAAGGACAGCAUCAUGAAUAUAGAACCAGCCAUUUUAGUGAUGCACCAUUCUCUACGCUCCCAUCCACACAUCACUGCUACACUUCUAGACUUCCUGUGUCGGAUCAUUCCAAACUUCUUCCCACCGUACGAAGCCCAGGUGAGACAAGGGAUCCACACCUCCCUGAGACAGAUCUUAGAGAAAAGGGUUCUACCGUCCCUGUCUCCAUUGUUUGACAACCCGAAGCUUGACAAAGACCUGAGGGUCAUGAUCAGAGACAAGUUUUCUGAGUUCUGUACAGCAACAGCGUCAGCGGCUAAAGUUCCUGUAGAAGAACCGCUCCUCGUGAAGCCAGAGGUCGUUCUCAUCAGUUCAGACAACGACAAAAACAACGACAGGGAGUACGUGGGAGAGGUGGCCUUCAGCGACGACGAGGAAGAGGAGGUUGGGGGCAAGGUGCACUGGAAGUUCCGACCAAUCAAGGAAGUGGACGAAUCGACGGUGGACAUCUCAGACCCCCUGAGACAGCUGGCACGGGACAGCGAACUGAGGGACCUGGUGGUGCAACUACAGGCAGACAGUGAUAUUUCCCAGGACACAGAAGCCCAGUGUGAAGUGGUGGACAAAAUCGUGGAGACCAUCUUACAAAUGGAGGAUUUUGAGAGUGAAGUUGCGUCACCCCUCGCUGACUGUCUGUCGGAGUUGUUCAGGAAACAGUUGUCAGGAAAAGUCUUACCUGCUGAAGCUACACAAGAGUCCAUUCUUGAGUCGAUUGAAAAGCCAGUCUACGUCAUUUUCAGAAACCUGUGUCAGAUGUCUGAGGACUCGUACCCAAGUGUGGAGAUCCUGUACACACUGAUGGACAAGUUAUACCAGCGCCAGCCCAGACUCGGCUACCACCUACUCUACUAUCUGUCUGUCAGUAAGGUGACAGAAGACAAGGCCAGAGUGUAUGAAGACUUCAGUGACCACACCCAACUCAGAGAUCUGGAAACAUGUCUCAUGAUGGACAUUAAGGAAUGCCAAGACAACGACAUUUCCCUGUUGUGUUACCUGGUACCUUUUGUCUACACUCAGUUCCCCAAUGUUUCUGUUGGAAACACGGAGCUUCUUAACCUAAUAGUUGCAGUCAUCGACCCAGCUCAGCUACAAGAACUGGUGUUCCAAGUCAUGCUGGGAAACCUGACUACAUUUAGAAAGGAAUCUGUUGCAAAUGUUCUCUUGGCGAGUCUGAACUGGGAGAGUUUUGAGCAGUACGCAGUGUGGCAGCUGUUCCUGGCUCAUGACAUCCCAGUGGAGGCAGUUCUUCCCAUCCUACAGAAGGCUAACUAUAAAGACCAUUCAGAGGCCCUGACCAACACAUUAUUAAUGCUGAAGGUAGAAAGACCAACAUUAGAGAUGGUUCGUUACGUGAUGAUCCGUGAUUGUAGUGAGCAGGACCACUUCACCACCUGUAUCCUGCGGCAGUGGUCGCUGGACCACGAGGAACGGCUCGCCGACCUGGUCAAGUCCAUGGUCUUCAAGUUCAGCAGCAGCACCCCAACCAGGAAGAGUAAAAGAAGUACGAGUAGUCGACAGCCGACCCCGACAACGCACCAGGUGCUGGGACACCUGGACAACCUGCGACAGGUGUGCACGCCCAGGCAGACAUUUUUUGGGCAGGAAGCCCUCCUCCAGGCCCUCCAGCACAUCCAACAGAGCUGCAGCGACAUGCUGAAAACUAAGUUCAGUGACCUGUUUGCCCUGGCUGAAGACUUUGAGGACUCCUCCAGACCGACCAGACAGAAGACCAGGAAAGUCUCCAACACCAGCCCCAAACCCACCAAGAGAACCGCCCCCAGGGAACCUGACUCUUCUUCAGAGAGUGACACGGAGGAAGUCAGAUCCAAACCACCCAAGAAGAAAAAGAAGUCCUCAGCCACAGUAGCAUCAGACAGUGACUGAUCACAAGAUGUUCCCUUUUCUAUCUUGCUUCUUCUAAACUUUCCAAAAUGUUUGUUGUCCUUCACUUCUUCAUGAACCAGCACAUGAAAGUUAGGGCCUUCAUUGUUAUUAAUACUAAUUGACAUUUGUAUUAAGAAGACCGUAUAUAUUGUACAUAACAUUUGUGUAUAUGUUACUUUUGAUACUGAUACUUUUUUGAAGGCCAUGUACAUGUAGAUAGAUUAGGACGAUGUCACUUGUAACGUUGUAUGGUUGGACUCUUGAAUGUACAAAUAGGAAAAUAAAUAAACUGUAGUACCAGAC